ACUGGAAAGUGGCGUGGUCGUCACGCCUUCUUUGUUGUAGGAGGGAAGGUUCAUGUCGUCACUCGAUCCCGUGUCUCGGAUACAAACGCUCGGCCCUCAGUGAAGCUGUAUACUUUUCAUUAGUGGCGCAACAUAGCAGUUUACGCACAGCUAUGGGAGCUGGAGCGGGGAGUAGUGAUAGUCGGCCUUGCCCCGAGGGUGCCAUGGCAAAUAAACAACUUCUACUUUAAUUGUCGGUAGCAAUUCAAGUCGCGACUCUUUUCUUUUCUCAUAAAAUCUGGGAAUAUUCGAGCGUCAAAAGAUCUCCAACGGAAGAGCGUGCCGCUGCCCGUGGUCUAGUUUUUUUGUUGUUGUUUUUGUUUGUUUUUUAAAGCAGUGAUGGCCACUGUCAGACUUGAAUACGUUGCUCCGUGGUGGACAUACUGGCUGCACAAUUUCCCACACUUCAGUUUCCUCUUCCAGUCGGUCGACAACACUUUCAAACCGGAGGAGGCAAGCUAUCAGGAGUCUCUGAUAAUUCUGGCAUGUGUCGGUGCCGUGGGUCUGGGUCUGAGCCUCCUGGUCCUGGCCGCAUACCUGGUCUGUGUCUGCUGCUGCCGCAAGGACAUGGACGAGGACACAAAGAGACCCAGUAGCCGCUGUGUCACAUGGGCGGCUGUUGUCACAGGCCUCAUCAUAUGUUCUGCUGUAGGAGUGGGUUUCUAUGGUAACAGUGAGACCAACGAUGGGGUGUACCAGCUGACCUACUCACUCUCCAGUGCCAAUCACACGUUGGGGGGCAUCAAUAAUCUGGUGUCAGGAUCUGUGGGUAAUGUGGAGACUGGACUCAAACUGCACCUGGAACGUCUGGAUGAAAUCUUUUCUACAAAGCCCGAGUACCUCAAAGCUCUGAGCUUCAUGCAGCUGAUGGUAAACAACGUCAUCCGUGAGCUGACAGCUCUGCCGGACAUGAGCAAAGCCGACGUGGACUUGUCGGCUAUCGCUGACCAGACAGCCUUCGUUGAGUAUUACAGAUGGCUGACGUAUCUGCUGCUGCUGAUCCUGGACCUGGUUAUCUGCUUGGCCUUGUGCUUGGGGAUGGCCAAGCAAUCCCGAUGGCUGCUUAUCACGGUCAUGGCUUUUGUCACGCUGUCUCUGAUCCUGAGCUGGGCCUCACUGGGAGCGGGCACUGCUACAGCUGUGGGCACCAGUGACUUCUGCGUGUCUCCAGACAAGUUUAUCGUCAACCAAACCACAGAUGUCCUCAGUGCAGAUGUUGCACACUAUUAUUUGUUUUGCAGUCCGAAUCUACCAAACCCUUUCCAACAGUCUUUGACAAUCUGUCAACGUUCUCUGACCACCAUGCAAAUCCAGAUCCAGGGCUUGCUGCAGUUCUCUGUGCCCAUCUUCCCCACUGCUGAGAGAGACCUUUUGGGGAUCCAGAGACUGUUGAACUCCACAGAGUUCAGUGUUCAUCAGCUGACAGCCUUGCUCGACUGCCGCGGGCUACACAAGGACUAUGUGGAUGCCCUAAUGGGUGUGUGCUAUGAUGGGGUGGAAGGGCUCAUCUACCUCUCUUUGUUUUCUCUGCUGGCCGCCUGCGCGCUCUCCGUCAUGCUGUGUGCAACUUUCCGAGUGUGGACACGAUUGGGCAGCAGGGACAGAGAGUACGAUGACAUAGAUGAGGAGGACCCGUUCAACCCUCAAGCACGGAGGAUAUCUUACAACCCGAGGAGGUCCAACGUCCACAGCUUCUGCAGCUACACCAGCAGCCUGGGCAGCCAGUCCAACCUUAAUCCACCGCCGCAAUCUGCUUCCAAUGCAGUGCCGGCCCCUGAGUACAUGAAUCAAUCCAUGCUGUUUGGAGGGAGUCCUCGAUAUGACAGUGUGCCACUUAUAGGGAGAGGAUCCCCAGAUGUGCUAAGCUGUGUUUGUCUAUGCUUCCCCUCACAGUAUUCGCCCAGUAUGAGGACCACCUAUCUAUCUAUGACUGACGCUCAGAUCAGACACUUUGGGACCGACUUCCAGGUGUAGCCUGCCGCCCACUGAAUCCUUCUCCAGAAGAAGCGCUGUACGAGACCGUGUUCUGACCCUGGAGGCUGUCUCCGUGGCAUAUCUUUACAGGAGCAACAAAACUGCUGUCUCACUCUGAGGCAUGAAAGCAGGACAUAUAAGGCGAUUUACCAGUGCACACCAGUUGCUCAGUGCUCUGAAAGCCUUGCAUGGAGGUUUGGACAGAGAGGCUCUGUAGAGGUUCAUCUCAAGACUGUUAUUGUUGUUAUGACGUGUGGAAAUACUGUUGCUCAAAUUUAAGCAUUUCUUUCAGCCAAAGUAAGAGCCUUUUAAACUGAAUAAAUAAUAAUAAUAAAAAAAAAACGUUUUGCUUUCCCUUUAUAUCUUUUGGCCUGCAUGGAUAUGAUCACAGUGGUCAGUAUUUUAAUAUGAGGAGAGAUUGCUGUGAAAUGCUCAGAUGUGAAAGUUCCCUUUUGUUUGGCAGCAAUAGAUUUUUUUUUCAGGCCUUUGUGUAAGACAUCCGGAAAAGUCUACAGCGAAUCUUGUCACAAAAGAAGCUUCUCUGUUGAUAUUCUUGAUUUUGGUUUGCCACACUUUAGGAUCUCUUGGUUGUUGUGACUAUGGAGUGCAAUUGAUGACUGUACUGCAGCUGCAUGUGGGGGGAAAAAAAAAAAUCCCUCGGACUAAAUGAACACAGCAGAAUGAGAUUUAAUUCCUAUUCGGGACUUUAUGAUUGUGCUCUGGGAAAAAGGCCACCAAACAAAAACUGAAAGACAAUUGACGUUGUCAGUAUAACAUUCUGUGUUAAAUCCAGUGCCACUAGCCACUGCUGUGUGCUGUUUUCUGCGUUGGAUGACAUGUCAAACAAAAAUGUUUCAUCAUAAAAAAAAAACAAAUGCUGUAUGGAGACUUGUUUGUUUUUGUGUCAUUUGUCUCUAUUAUAACAAUUUAACCAUUUA